UGAUGAUUUUAUUUGAACAUGCAUCAGGCUACGGCUUGUUUGCAGUCAAGGAGUUUGAGGAGGUCUCUGUCCUUCAUCACCAAGUCCAGGAAUCUGUGACAGACUUUGGCAAGUUUGCCUCUCUGAUCAAGCUUCAGGCCUUCUCGCCUUUCAAAUCAGGGGUCAACGCACUUGACAAUAUCAACAGCAUCUCAGAAGGUGUGAUGACAGAAGACCUGAAACUCUUCCUGGAGACCAACAUGCCAGAGAGCUCUAAGAAGAGGAAGAAGAUCACAUUGGGUGUGGCCGAUGGGAAGAUAGGUGCUUCUAUCCAGGAGGAACUAGGUAUCCCCUGUCAGACGGGAGGAGUCUUCCAGGAGAUCGCAAGAGGUCUGAGGUACCAUUUCUACAGACUGGUCAAGGGACUGACCGCUCAGACAGAGGCUAAAGCACAACUUGGUCUAGGUCACAGCUACUCAAGGGCAAAGGUCAAGUUCAAUGUGAACAGAGCAGAUAACAUGAUCAUCCAAUCCAUCUGUUUGCUUGAUCAACUGGAUAAGGAUAUCAAUACAUUUUCAAUGAGAAUCAAAGAAUGGUACUCCUAUCACUUUCCAGAACUUGUCAAAGUAGUUCCAGACAACGCACUCUACGCCAAGGUUGCCCACUUCAUCAAGAACCGUAAGGAGCUUACUGAUGAAUCUCUUGAAGCCCUGGAGGAGUUGACCAUGGACAGUGGUAAAGCUCAGGCCAUCUUGGAUGCAUCACGCUCGUCUAUGGGUAUGGACAUUUCUCCCAUUGACUUGAUCAACAUUGAGAGGUUUGCUACCAGGGUGAUUGCCCUUACAGACUACAGGAAGAGUUUACACACUUAUCUCCAGGACAAGAUGCACGCUGUAGCUCCUAACCUAUCAGCACUCAUCGGUGAACAGGUUGGGGCUCGUCUAAUUUCCCAUGCUGGUAGUCUGACCAAUCUAGCCAAGUACCCAGCUUCAACUGUACAGAUUCUUGGAGCCGAGAAGGCACUCUUCAGAGCUCUGAAGACCCGUGGCAACACCCCCAAGUAUGGUCUCAUCUUCCAUUCUACAUUCAUUGGCAGGGCGGGGCAGAAGAACAAAGGUCGCAUCUCUCGCUACCUUGCCAACAAGUGCUCCAUGGCCUCGAGAAUAGACUGUUUCUCAGACAUACCCAAUUCUGUAUUUGGUGAGAAAUUAAAGGACCAAGUGGAAGAGAGGCUGUCAUUCUACGAGACUGGAACAGCUCCACGGAAGAACAUUGAUGUCAUGCAGGAAGCUCUCUCUCAAGUCAAAGAAGUUGAGGCAGAAUUGGCACGCAAGAAGAAGAAAGAGAAAAAGAAGAAGAGGAAAGCGUCAGAGGUUCAAGAACCACCUCCUGAAGAAGAGGAGGAGGUUGAAGAGGAACAACCAAAAAAGAAGAAGAAAAAGACGAAGGUCGAAGCUGAGCCAGAGCCAGAACAAAUGGAGACAGAAACACCCAAAAAGAAGAAGAAAAAGAAGGAGCAAGCAGAGGAAGAGGCGGAGGAGGAAAAAGAAGAGGUGGAAGAUACCCCAAAGAAGAAGAAGAAAAAGAAGAGUCUUGGCGGAGAGGAACAGAUUGUGAAUGUAGAACCUGAAGAGGAUGAGGUGACAGAGACAGUUGUCAAAAAGAAGAAAAAGAAGAAGAAGAGUCUUCCAGAAUAACUUCACGUUUCAAUUCAUUAGUCUGUACGCUAUUGCAUUUUACUUUUUAAGAUUUGACAGAGAGUACUCAAGCGCUUGAUAUCAUAUAUAUGUAUAUUAUAAACUUACUUCUUGUAAUUCUGACCCCCAACGAAUGUUUAAUUUGAAACAAGCUUUUAAUUUUGCCCUUCUUCUCUCCUUAAAAGAUUGGUUACUAGCUGCAAGUGUCCUCAUGGGGUACCAAAAUCAAUGAUAGUAAUUUGAUUUCAUCUGCAGCUCCUUGUAAUGGGAUAUCCCCUUAUUAUUGGCAGGUAAUAUUGAUUUAUUUGGGGCUUUGCAUUUAUUAUUCAGUUGCUUGAAAGUGGAUCAAUUUGAUGUUCAAUCUGAGUUCAUCAAAUAUUUUCAUCUUUAAUGUACAUUUCCUAUAUGUCCCCAUUGUAUGAUUUGUAGCAUCAUGUUUUUCUAAUCAUUAUAUUGUUAUGUUUUUAAGGGUCUGUUUUCCUCUUUUAUUUUGUGACCUUUUCUUAUAUGAUGUAAAUAGAUCAAAUAUUUUUGUCGACACAAAGAUUGAUUAACCCUUUACUACUAAACUGAUUGAGAUAAAUUAUGGCAGUCUAAUUCAUUGUAGCAGAUAAUUUAAUGAAAGGAAUUCUGAUGUUCUUUUUCAUAAUUAUGCACAUGUAUUGAGUGCAUACUUAUUUUAAUACUUGAUCGCAUGAGCUUGGGGCAGCUUCAUAAACAGAUAAGUGACAAAGCUGCCCUUAUAAGGGGAAUGAAACCCUUGGAGCAAGUUAGCUUGUGUGAAUGCAGAAAAAAUCAAAUAGGAUCAGAAAUAAGAAAUGUCAUGAUCACAAAUGUUAUGCAGAUCCUCCAUUUGCAAUGUUAGCCAGAUCUGUGAUGUCACACCUGUACAACAACCCCCUUUAGCCUAAAACAUCUUAUUUUUGUGCUUGUUUUCAUAAGAUGACAAACAAUUCAUCUAUGAUAUGUUGGUUCAUCUCUCUUACAGGCUCCUAUAAAUAAGAACAUCUAAACUUGUGAUAGACUAAAGUGAAAUAUGUACGAAUGUAAUUGGGAAGUUGUAUGUGUAUGACAUUACAGCUUUUGGUUGCAUUGCCAUUGAGAGGAUCUGCACAGCACGAGUGAUCUCAAUGGUAAAAUCGUCCUCAAAUUUUCAUUGAUUUUUCUCUAUAUCAACUAAACUUCUUUCAUUCUCCUUUAAAAUUGUUUAGUUCUGUGUGUGUUGCGAUACAACACAUGACCGCACUACGUAUAUUAUUUUACAUCAAUCUUGAUUGGUCAUUUCUACUCUUUCUCACCAUCUCCAGCUCACAUUGUCUCUCAGAAUGUUCUGUUCCAUGUAACUGUUUUGUUGGUUCUUUCUUGAUUGGCAACGGGUUUGCUCUGGUCAUCAUCAGGACGACUCUUGAACUAGUCACAUGAUUUUUUACCAAUGACCAAGUCGAUCUUGUCCAAGCUGAUGAUCAGAGCUACUAAUCAAGAAUGAUUAUACCAUGAGUGGUGUAGACCAUAAACAUACCUAUUAUGUUCAGUCUGUAUAUACCAGGAAUAAAACAUACCAAGACCAA